UCCGGGGCAGUGGGAGCGUCGCGUCGGCGGCGGCUGUGGUGAAGGUGGUUGAGUGGCAGCUGGCUGGGCGCACGGUGCUCUCUCCAAGUGGAGGUCGGCAGGAGCGAGGUGAUGUGCUAAUCAUGUCAGAUAAAGAUGAUCCUGAGACUCCAGUGAAAACUGAAGCAAGUCCUGUCCUUGAAGAUAGAAACUGUGAGCCAGUGGAGAAUUUGGAGUCUGUGAAGAAUGCUGAGUCUGCGGAGCAACACAUCAACCAAGAGAGUCAGUCGGAACCUGUAGUAUCCACUCGGAAAAGACCAGAUGUUGCAUCUUCCAGAGACCCUGAGACUUCGGAAGUUCUCCCUGUUCAGGAGACUGUUUCCAAAGAUGUACCAGAGAGCGGAUGGGGAUAUUGGGGCAGCUGGGGCAAGUCUUUACUCUCCUCAGCCUCAGCUACAGUAGCCACUGUGGGACAAGGUAUUUCAAAUGUCAUCGAGAAGGCAGAGACUUCCCUUGGCAUUCCUAGUCCCAGUGAAAUUUCAGCUGAAGCCAAGCAUGCUGGAGGAGAAACCAGUGCCAAAGAGAAUGAAAACUCCUCUCCAGUGUCCGGGCCAUUUGGAGUCCUCUCCACCAUCUCCACUGCUGUUCAGAGCACAGGAAAGAGUGUUAUUAGUGGGGGUUUAGAUGCCUUAGAAUUCAUUGGGAAGAAGACAAUGGAUGUAAUAGCAGAAGGGGAUCCUGGCUUUAAAAGGACCAAGGGUCUGAUGAACCGGAAUUCUACACUCUCUCAGGUUUUACGAGAGGCAAAGGAGAAAGAAGAACUAAGGACCUCCAAUGAGGUAACCAUGGAAACAGACAAGAAAACUCAUUAUGGGCUACUCUUUGAUGAAUUUCAAGGCCUUUCACAUCUCGAGGCUCUGGAGAUGCUUUCCCGAGAAAGUGAAAUCAAGGUGAAAUCUAUCCUUAAUUCUCUGAGUGGAGAAGAAUUAGAGGCUAUAAUACUUGAAUUAGAACAACUCAAAGAAGCAUUUUCUCUAGCAGAAUUUUGUGAGGAAGAGGAAGAAGAGAAAAAAGGGGAUGAAGAUUUUUCUGAAGAGAUAACAGAGCUGUUUUCCCAGCUGCACAUCUCCUGCAAACCAGAGAAACUUGCCAGAGCAAGAAGUGCAACCUAUGAAUGGAUCAGGACAUCCCUGGCCAAGCCAACUGCGGAGAAAGAGAAAGGAGAAAUACAGUUGGAAACAGAAAAUGCUACGGAAAUCAACAAAAAUACAAUAGAGGAUAUCCACGCGUUUGCAAUCCGCAGCCUGGCAGAGUUGACUGCUUGCUCCAUAGAGCUCUUCCACAAAACCGCCGCCUUGGUUCUGCACGGCCAGAAGCAGGAAGUGACUGCCCUUGCCCGGAGCCAGACUCUUUCCCAGAUGACCAUUGUGUUGUGUAAAGAGCUGUCCUUCCUGUCAAAAGAGUUCACCACAUGCCUAACGACCGCGGGGGUUAAAGAAAAGGCAGAUGUCCUUAAUCCCUUAAUCACUGCGGUAUUUCUGGAGGCAUCCAACAGUGCCUCAUAUAUCCAAGAUGCCUUUCAGCUGCUCUUGCCCGUGCUGCAGAUCUCGCUCAUUGAGAAGAAGAUAGAGUCACUUGGGCAGGAGUCACCGGUCCAGAGGCUUUCGUCAGAGCGUUGAAGAACAGAGUAUCUAAACGGGGAUGUGUGACUGCCAGGCAGGGCCACUGUCUCCAAGAGCCUCCAGUAGCCAAGAAUGAGAAUGGUUAUUUUAGCAUGUGAAAAUUCAGGCAGGGCAGCAGGUGUAAAGAGGAAGUUUGUUUCUUAACUUGGCUUAAAGCAGCCAGGUUCUCACACUACUCCCAUUUAUUAUAAUGGAUAAACUCUUUGAAACAAGAUGAUUGUAGACAUUUUAAGAAUAAUGGCUCUAGUAAACAGUAGGGCAUUCAGACAAAGAUGUUGGUUGCAAAACACAAAUGAUUUUUGUCUUGUAACCCGUGGAUAACAUUGUUAAGCAGGCAAAAAAAAAAGUUGCAUUCUAGAACUUAUGAAAUGCUUGGUUUAUUAAUUCUGUGGAUGAUUUCUUUCUAGAAUAAAAUCUAUGGUUUUAAGAGAAUUG